UCUCUUCGUGGUGUUUAUGCACUUCUCUACAACCGAGGGUUUGUUUCAGUUCACAAAGUGAAGGAAACAUACAACCAUGAAGGUGCUGAAUACUGUGAUCCUUGCUCUUGCCUUCAUUCUUGGCGUAAAUUCGCUACCAAAAGCCGCUUCAAAAGAAGAACUUAUUGGGCUAGUCAAGGGUAUUCCACGUCAUCAGCUGGAGGCCCAGCUAAGAGCUCUCGUGGCUCCAGGAUUCAAGGCAGCUCUUGAUGAUUCAAUCAUAAAUCUUCUGGAUACAACAGUGAGACAAAUAAUUAUCGAAGGAUCUGAAGAACUGGGUAUCCCACCUCUGGACCCUGCCAAGCUUGAUCACGUGGACUUGGACCUUAAUCUGGAUGGUUUAGUGUUGAAAGGAAGUGUUGAUAACGCCCAGGCAGAGAAAAUUUCUACCUUUGUAGUUGACAGCGUGAAAACGAAUCUGCUGCUCCUGAGGGUGGAGGCUCAGGUUAGCGUUCCCGAGAUCGUGGCUAGCGGAGAGCACUACAAGCUAGAAGGAAAUGUCGGGGGUCUUCUGCCAGUGCACGGCGAAGGCAGCUUCUCAGUUUCCGUGAAAGGGUUGGUCAUUAAAGUUAAAAUUUCGCUAGGAUCCAGUAAUUCUUUCAUUAACGUCAAAACCUUGGAGCUGGACGUAACUCUUGAAGAAAUAAAAACUGACUUUAAGGGACUUCUAGGAGACGACGAAGACCUUAGCAAUUUGAUUAAUGAGAUCAUCUCCGACUUGGCACCAGAGCUUUUUGAAGAGCUCAAGCCAUCGGUUCUUCCAGUAGUCGCUGAUGCCAUCGUAAAUUUGGCAAAUGAAAAAUUGGAAGGUGUCACCCUCCAGGAUCUUCUGGACUUGAUCAACGGCGGCGGACUUAAAAAACUGUAAUACGUCACCGUGAACGCCAUACAACUCACCAUCAGAAGCAGAAUGUUCUUAAAUUACUUUAUUUUUAAUUAUUAUGUGUUUUAACAAAGAGACUAGUGUUCGAAAAUACGAAGUCAAAAGCUUAAAGCUACAAGUAUUAUUUCUUUAUUGAGAUGGAAACCUAAACAAAAUGUGUAAUUGAAAUAAAAUUCUUCCUAUCUUC